AUGAAGUUCACUCUGAUCUCCUCCGCCCUCUUCCUGGCAACCGCUGCCAUGGCCGCCCCCGAAGGGUUUGACGUGAACUCUAUCGUCUCCGAUGCCGAGGGUAUCUACUCAACUGCCGUCAGCGGCGGCCAAUCUAUCGGAUCCGACAUCGCCUCAAAGGCCACCUCUAUCGCCGAAGCCGUGAGCACCGGCGGAUCCGCUGCCAUCUCAUCCAUCAAAAGCGAAGCUUCUGCCGUCGCCAGCGAAGGCAGCUCCAUCGGCUCUGAGAUCACUAGCCGGGUUGCCACCGCCAUUUCUGCUCAAACUACUCUGACUGACUCCGCCGGCUCGGCCACCGCUACCGAGUCCACUACCAUGACCAGCACAAUGUCCACCGGGUCUCCUUCCGGCUCUUCCUCCGCCUCUGCCUCUUCCUCCACCUCUGCCUCUGAUAAUGCGGCCUUCGCCCGUCCCACUGCUGUCGGAGCUGUUGCUGCUGGUAUGGCCGGCGUGCUUGGUGUCAUGGUUGCACUGUAA